AUGCAACUCUCAGAUGAUGAUGUUGAUAUAUCCGCAGCACUGACUGCAAAGAAGCUAAGAGUGGAAGAAGAAAGCGAUGAUGAGGGUCUCCAGCAAAUGAUGCUUGAAUCCAUUUCCAAGAGGAACGUCAAGAGCGGUACCGAGAUAUUGAAGAAAGCAAAGGGCAAAAAUCUUAUAAAAGGCGAGGUCGGAGGUGGUAGCUUCCAGAGCAUGGGCCUUCAUCCUUCUCUGCUUCGCUCGUUGAAUUUUCAGGGAUUUCGUAUACCAACUCCCAUACAACGGCUUUCUAUUCCCGCUCUUUUGGCUACUCCCCCGCGCGACCUCGUUGGAAUGGCACGUACGGGAUCCGGGAAAUCAUUGGCGUACAUGAUUCCUCUUGUUCAGCGUCUUGGUGGUCGUCAUUCCACCACUUUUGGAGCUCGUGCACUCAUUCUUCUCCCUACACGAGAACUUGCACUUCAGGUUUUGAAAGUUGGGAAGGAACUGGCGCGAGGAUGGGAUUCCGGGGAAGGCACACAUGCUGGAGAUAAUAAAGACGCCCUUAGUUCGAAGCACGGUCAAGCUCUUCGGUGGUGCCUGAUUGUAGGUGGAGAAGGAAUGGAUGAACAGUUUGAGAUGAUCACUAAUAAUCCAGACGUAAUCAUUGCGACACCUGGGCGACUACUUCAUCUCAUUGUCGAAAUGAACUUGGAUCUUAAGUCAGUACAAUACGUUGUCUUCGAUGAAGCAGACCGGCUCUUUGAAAUGGGCUUUGAAACGGCCCUCAGCGAAAUCCUACAGCGUUUGCCAGCGGCCAGGCAGACUCUUCUUUUCUCUGCCACCUUACCCAAAUCCCUGGUCGAAUUUGCAAAGGCUGGCCUGCAAAACCCAAAGCUCAUCCGGCUCGACGCUGAGAGUAAAAUCAGUUCUGACUUAAAAAUGGCCUUCUUCUCCAUCAAACGUGCGGAAAAGGAUGCCUGUUUGCUCCAACUUUUGCGAGAUGUUAUCAAGGUACCGUUUGGCACUGUGGAGGCAAGGGACGAUGCCGACGUGUCAGAAAAAAAACGUAAAGGGAAAGGCAGGCGGCCAGAGCUGUUCACUUCUCCCCACCAAACUCUUAUCUUCGCUGCUACGAAACAUCACGUAGAAUAUCUGACCGCCUUAUUGACGACUGCAGGAUACUCCGUUUCCCAUAUCUAUGGUUCCCUUGACCAGACUGCUCGCAGCUACCAGAUGGAUCAAUUUCGUCGAGGUCGUACCAAUGUCUUGGUCGUCACCGAUGUCGCAGCUCGCGGAAUUGAUAUUCCUGUCCUCGAAAACGUGAUCAAUUACGAUUUCCCCCAGGGCGCCAGAGUUUUUGUGCACCGAGUGGGUCGAACAGCUCGAGCAGGACGACAAGGAUGGGCGUGGUCAUUCGUCACGAGUACGGAACUGCCAUACCUUCUGGACCUACACUUGUUCCUCGGACGUCCACUAAGAAGUGAAGUGACGGAAGAUGGAGAUCAGGUGUAUACGGAGAAUUUGGUGUUGGGUACUUUCCGACGAGAGAAGAUCGAUGAGGAUAUGGAAUAUGUCAAAUCCUUGGAGGACAUUAAUCACACACUCCCCUCAUUAUGGGAGGUGAUGAAACGAGGUCAUACGAUGUACGAGCGAAGCAAGGGAAAGGCUAGCCCUCCGAGUUAUAAACGCGCGAAGGAGAUGUCUAAAGAUCCAAAGUGGAUGCUUGCUGGUUCUGAUAGUGGCGUGCACCCGGUGCUGCUGAGAGGAUCGGAAGCGACCCAACAGCGUUCCCAGGAGGAGGUGCGACAUGCAAUGAUGCGUACGGUGAACUCAUUCCGACCUUCGGAGACGGUAUUCGAAGUGGGCAGCAAGGCGAAUAUGGCCAACUCUGCCUUGAUGAAAGAACGGAGGAAGGCUUUACAAAAAUCAGCACAGAGAGCUUCGGCGUCGACGUCCACGGCUUUGGAAGACGACGAAGAUGUUGUUCAGGUGGCGGGUAAGAACGUCGAGAUGGCAGAUGAAGAGGAGAUCAUGGCUGUAUUCGACACAGCGAAGAAGCCCGGUUAUCGAGAUGAAGAAUUCUACAUGUCGCACUACCAGAAAGAUGCUUUGACAGAGAAAGGAUACUCACUCACAGAUGGCGCUACAUUCGCUGAACAGGCACGGGGUGCUACCUUUGAUCUUGCGGGUGAUGAAGGCAUUGCACAACGAAAACGGAAUCACACGUGGGAUAAGAAAAAGAAGAAGUUCAUACAAGGAGAUGGUGCUGGUGCUGACAAUGUAAAAAUGGUGAAAACGGAGAACGGAACGAAGUUGCCGGCAACGUAUCGCAGUGGUCGGUUCGAUGGGUGGAAGGUCAAGGCUCGGGUUAAUCUGCCAAGAGUAGGCGAGACCGAGAACGAAACUUCCCGGGUACUCAGAGGGCACAAAUUCAAGCACAACAAGGUCGUUACCGUACCCAAGCCCCUUGAUAAGCUCAGCAAGGACUAUGAACGCAAAGUUCGGCAGUUGAAGAAGAAGGAAGAGGGCGAGACGCAGAGUUCUUCGUCCCGAUUACCACCUGGGAAGAAGGGUAAGAAGGUCGGCGGACGAUUCGCAACGAAGUCGGUCGGUAGAGUUAAAGGUGAGCUCAAGAACGCAGAGCAGGUUCGUAAGAACAGGAAACUGCUGGAAAAUCGGCGCGCAAAGAAUGGUCGGGGGAGUCAUUCAAAAAAGCAUCGUCGAUGA